AUGUCGAAGAUCGACAAGAUGAGCAUCCUUGGGGUGAGGAGCUUUGGGAUCGAGGAUAAAGACAAACAAGUCAUUUCUUUCUUUACUCCUCUCACCGUGCUGGUCGGGCCCAAUGGAGCUGGAAAAACGACUAUUAUUGAGUGCCUGAAGUAUGCCACGUCAGGAGAAUUUCCUCCUGGUUCUAAAGGAGGCGCUUUUGUUCAUGAUCCCAAGGAUGCCCAUGAGACAGAUGUGCGAGCGCAGAUUCGACUCCUAUUCUCUGAUGUUAAUGGAGAAAAAGUCACCAUUCAGCGCUCCAUGUCCUGCACUCUGAAGGGGAAAAGCUACCAGUUCAAGAGCUUAGACCAGGUCAUCACCCGGAUAAAGGACGGUAAAAAGGUGCACCUGCCUUCUAAGUGUGGUGAGCUGGAUCGGGAGAUGAUUUCCUCUCUGGGCGUUUCGAAACCUGUGCUGAAUCAUGUCAUCUUCUGCCACCAAGAAGACUCGAACUGGCCGCUUAGUGAGGGCAAAGCACUCAAAGAGAAGUUUGACUCCAUUUUCGCUGCAACCAAGUAUAUCAAAGCUCUGGAGACGAUGCGCCAGCUGCGUCUCAAGCAGAGUCAGACGGUCAGAGAGUGUCAGGUGGAGCUUCGCUACUUGAAGCAGAACAAGGAGAAAGCCCAGCAGAUCAGAGAGACUGUGGCCACGAAGGAGGCUCAGCUGAUGGCUUCAAAAGACAACGUCCAGCGCAUCGAGGGCCAAAUUGACCCACUUGAGACUCGAAUGAUGGACAUUGAUCUAGAACUCGGGAAAGUGAUCAAGCUGGACAAUGAAAUCCAGGCUCUGAACAGCAGAAAGAAACAGAUGGAAGAAGACAACAGGGAGCUGGAGCAAACAAUGGAACAGGUGUUUCAGGGUUCAGACGAGCAGCUGCAGGAGGUUUACCAGAACCACCAGAGGACGGUGAAGGAGAAGGAGCGCAGGCUGAUCGACUGCCAGAGAGAGCAGGAGAGGGCUGGACGAGAGUGCCAGAGACUCAACAGAGUGAAGGCGGAUCUCCUGGUGGAGCAAGGUCGUCUGCAGCUGGAAGCUGACCGCCACACUCAGAACAUCAAGAACCGUGACACUCAGGUUCGCUCUCUGUCCUCUCACCUGGAGAUGGAGGGUUUUGACCGGCCGCCCUUCACCGCUUCUCAACUGGAGAGUUUUCAUCGUCACGUCACGCAGAGACUGGAGCAGGAGAAGGAGAUACUGAGCCAGGUUAUGGCGGAUCUGCAGGAGAAGGAGCAGCAGAAGCAGCAAUCCAUUGAUGAAAUGAGAGAUAAGAAGACGGGCCUGGAGAGGACGGUGGAGCUGAAGAGAGACCUGCAGAGAAAACGGGACCAAGAGCUGAGGAGCAUCAAGGCAGACCUGCAGAGGCUGGACGGUUCAUCCACCCGACUCCAAGAGCUGGAGAAUGAGCUGGCUAAAGCGGAGCGAGAGCUGCACAGUACAGUUCAGAGCUCCAAUGUGGAGGAGCUGAAGGCCGAAGUGGUGGAGCUCCAGAGAGAGAAGGCUGAGCUGGACCGCACGCACAGACAGCUGGAUCAGGAGAUGGAGACGCUCAACAUCCACACCACGGCGCGCACGCAGAUGGACAUGCUGAAAAAGGACAAGGCGGAGAAGGAAGAGCAGGUGCGCAAGAUCAAAUCACGUCACAACGAAGACCUGGUGUCUUUACUGGGCCACUUCCCCAACAAGAGAGAGCUGGCGGAGUGGGUUUACAACAAGUCCAAGGAAAUCAACGGCACCAGAGACAGACUCGCAAAACUCAAUAAAGACUUGGCAUCAAGCGAACAGAAUAAAAGCCACAUUGCUGCUGAGCUGCGUAGGAAAGAACAGCAGUUAUCCGCAGAUGAAGAGAAGUUCUUCAAUGUUUGCGGCAGUCAGGAUCUGGAACAAGAUCUGAACAAGCUGCAGGAAGAUCUGGAGAAAGUGUCCAAACAGAGAGCCAUGCUGGCAGGAGCCACGGCGGUGUACACCCAGUUCAUCAGCCAGCUGACGGAGGAGCGCGAGCCCUGCUGCCCCGUGUGCCAGCGCACCUUCCCCACCGAGUCGGACCUGCAGGAAGUGAUCAGCGACAUGCAGUCCAAGCUGCGCCUGGUGCCAGACAAACUGAAGAACACCGAGCAGGACCUGAAGAGAAAGGAGAGAAAGAAAGACGAGAUCAUGGCUCUCAGACCUGUGAGGAAGUCCAUCGAGCAGCUUCAGGAAAAUGACAUUCCUGAUUUGAGGAACCGGCUGCAGACUGUGAACCGAGAGAUUGAGAGGCUGAAGGGCGACGUGGAGGAGCAGGAGACUCUGCUGGGGACCUUGAUGUCUGAGGAGGAAACCGCCAAGGCCUGCCAGCAGGACAUAUCGCUCAUGGACAGAUAUCUGAUGGAUCUGAAGGAGGUUGAGAGGAAAAUUGCUCAGCAGGCAGCGAAGCUCCAGGGAGUCGACCUGACCAGAACCAUCCAGCAAGUCAGUCAAGAAAAACAAGAAACUCAGCACAAGCUAGACACCAUUUCCAGCAAGAUGGAUUUGAAGCGUAAGCUGAUUCAGGACCAGCAGGAUCAGAUCCAGGCGAUGAAAAGUGCGGUGAAUGAGACGAGAGCCGAGAAGCUGCAGCUGAGCAGCGACAUGCAGAAGCAGCAGCAGCUGCAGGAGCAGUGUGUGGAGUUCACCACUGAGAUCCAGGCCCUAAACAGAGACAUCAGGGAGGCAAAGGAGCAGCUCUCUCCUCUGUCCGCUGCUCUGGAGAAGCUUCAGCAGGAGAAACAAGAACUCGUGGAGCGCAAGAAGCAGAAGCAAGAAGAAGGGCAGGAGAAGAUCAGCUCCAUCAAAGAGAGAGUGAAGGCGGUCGCCAGCUUCGAAAGAGAGAUCACCAAGUACACCAACGAGGGCAAACAGGAAUACAAAGAGCAAAAAGAGUCCGAGCUUCAAGAAACCAACACUCAGCUCCACGAGGCCGAGAAGAACAAAGAGAAGAUCAGUAAAGAGAUGGGAAACAUUCGUCAGGACAUAGACACUCAAAAGGUCCAGGAGCGAUGGUUACAGGACAAUCUGACCUUGAGGAAGCGUGUGGAGGAGCUGAAGGAAGUCGUGGCCAAGCGGGAAGCUCUCAUGAAAGAUAUGGGCAACAUGCAAGUCAUGCAGCUUCGCCAAGAACGUCGCGAAACAGAACGAAAGUUGGAGGAUUUGAAGAAGAACCGCAGCAUCGCCCUGGGUCGUCAGAAAGGCUUCGAGGAGGAGAUCCUGCAGUUCAGAAAAGAGCUGCGAGAGGAUCAGUAUGACAAAGCCGAUGAGCGCUACAGAAACAAGAUGAUCACAAUGAGGACCACAGAGCUCGUCAUCAAAGACCUGGAUCUCUACUACAAAGCUCUCGAUCAAACCAUCAUGAAAUUUCACAGCAUGAAGAUGGACGAGAUCAACAAGAUCAUCAGAGAUCUGUGGCGCAGCACCUACAGGGGUCAAGACAUUGAGUAUGUGGAGAUCCGGUCCGAUGUGGCCGAGAAUGCGUCUGCCGGAGUGAAGCGGCGGGUUUACAACUACAGAGUGGUGAUGGUGAAAGGAGACACAGCCCUGGAUAUGAGGGGCCGCUGCAGCGCCGGCCAGAAGGUGUUGGCGUCCCUGAUCAUCCGUCUGGCUCUGGCAGAGACGUUCUGCUUGAACUGUGGGAUCCUGGCACUGGACGAGCCCACCACCAACCUGGACCGGGAGAACAUUGAAUCACUGGCGCACGCUCUUGUAGAGAUCAUCAAGAGCCGCUCUCGCCAGCGCAACUUCCAGCUGCUGAUCAUCACCCACGACGAGGACUUCGUGGAGCUCCUGGGCCGCUCCAGCUACAUCGAACACUUCUACCGGAUCCGGAAAAACCAGGACCAGAACUCUGAAAUCACCAAGUGCAGCAUCUCCUCGCUCUCCGCUUACGUCCACUGACAGGUGGACCUGCUUGGAGAUGCUCAGUUCGCUCUCUCGGUUCUCUUUCUCGUGUUAGUUUCCAUUUCAGGAGACCACGUUUGAAUUAAAACAACAAAAGACUUUAACGUAAAUGUGAUCAUCUACUCACCAGAAGCGUCUUCCAGUGCUUAAAAUCCUUAUCUUUACCUUUGUUUAUGGAGACGCUGUCUUCUCAUCUGUCUCUUUUGAACCAGUGUUGAUGUUUGUCGUCUCCACAGAGACAUCUGGUGGCAACAGAAAGAUUAAAAGAGUUUUUGUCAUUUGUGGGACUUGAGAUUUGACUCGAGAAUUGACUAAUAAAAUACCGUUUCCACCGGA